UGUGUUAUUCCUUCUCUGCAUCGAGGGACCAGGAAGUUUGUUCUCUCAGCCUGGCUGAGAAGUUUUUCACCUACUUAGACGGGGUGGGGGGUGGGGUUGGGGACAGGUGUUCCCUAAAACACAGUGCAAGCUGCAGCCUGCGUCUCGCUGUAACUAAGGAGUAACGUCAGAAACAAGUGAGAAUGACGACUUUAACUCACCGGGCCCGGCGCACUGAAAUAGGCAAAAACACUGAAAAGAAAGUGGAAAGUGAAGAAGACACUAGUCAGGAUAAGAGUCCAGAAACUGAAGACACUGGAGACUCUAAGGAUAUCCGCCUCACCCUUAUGGAAGAAGUAUUGCUCCUGGGAUUAAAAGAUAAAGAGGGUUACACAUCUUUCUGGAAUGAUUGCAUAUCAUCUGGCCUGAGAGGGGGCAUCCUGAUAGAGCUGGCCAUGCGGGGUCGGAUCUAUCUAGAACCCCUCACCAUGCGUAAGAAGCGACUACUAGACAGAAAGGUACUGCUAAGGUCAGACAGCCCAACAGGUGACGUUUUACUGGAUGAAACACUCAAGCACAUCAAAGCAACUGAACCCACAGAAACUGUCCAGACAUGGAUAGAGCUCCUCACUGGUGAGACCUGGAACCCCUUCAAAUUACAGUACCAGCUGAGGAAUGUAAGAGAGCGAAUUGCAAAGAACCUAGUAGAGAAGGGAAUACUAACCACCGAGAAGCAGAAUUUCCUCCUGUUUGAUAUGACUACUCAUCCAGUGACCAAUACAACUGAGAAACAACGACUCCUUAAGAAACUCCAAGAUAGUGUACUGGAGCGAUGGGUAAAUGACCCUCAGCGGAUGGACAAGCGAACUCUGGCCCUCCUGGUGCUAGCCCACUCCUCCGAUGUGCUAGAAAAUGUCUUCUCCUCUCUGACAGAUGACAAGUAUGAUAUGGCAAUGAACCGAGCCAAGGACCUGGUAGAACUGGACCCAGAAGUGGAAGGGACAAAGCACAGUGCCACAGAAAUGAUCUGGGCUGUGCUGGCAGCCUUCAAUAAAUCGUAAAGCCAGCAGGUGGGUUUCUUCUUUUUCCCUACUGGCUAGUGAUGGGAACACCAUCACUGAGUUCUGUGUGAUGAAAUAUUUUCAUCAGAUUUGUUUUGUUUUGUUUUGUUUUGUUUCCUUCUCUUGAAUCAGAGUUGAGAUUGGGGGAGACCAACUUCAGGGAUUCUCCCACUGAGCUAGGUGAGUUUUAAACAGGUGUUAUUGCUUCCUGUACUGCUACUCCAGAGUGAAUAAACUGGGUGAGCCCACAUACACCCAACAAAUAGUUCAUUUAGUUUGUGAUUUAUGUAUGCUUUUGGACAAGCAGGGAUAAGGAAGUGGGAUUUGGAGUUCACCAGCCACAGAUGUGAACAAGAUGGAAAGUAAACCAUUUGUUACUUUACAAAAAAAAAAAAAAAUUUUUUUCAUGAUCUUUGUCUCUCAGCCUCAGCUAAGUGUAUGGUAGCUUAUUAAAAUAACUGUCUCUUUGACUAAGGGGCAACAGAAACAAAACUAAUGUUUAGAGCUGAUGAUCUCUGGGAUUGUAUAUCCCACUAACCAUAUCCUCAUCUUUCCUUUUCUAACCUAAUGACAAUAUUCCACAUUCGACUAUCUGGUUCUUAUAAUCUUUGAACCAGAAAUAUUUUCUGUAUUCUCUCUUAGAAUUAUCCUCACUCAUUGUGGGGGGGGGGAUUUAAAAAGGUAUCUCUCAGCCAACUCCUUCUGUCAUGCAGUUGGCUUUGCAAUCUGUAAGGGAGGGAGGUGGUGUGAGCACCUGACUAUCCCAAUUUCCCCAGAUUCCUGUAUCUGUGCUCUGACUGAAUGGAGGGAGUUGUCAGUUUCAGUUACCAACGAACAACAUCUUGAGUUAACAUUAUAUCUAAACUCCAUACUUUCUUGCUCUCUAGGUUUGCCUUUAUAAAUUGAUAGAUCCUGUCUAUAUUUAGAGUUUUGGAAGUGCUUUUUUAAAAAAAAAAAAUUAAUCCACAUAUAAUCACCUAGUCAUUGGCUUAAUACAACAACUUUUCUAGCAAAAUCACUAAAAUUUUUAUUAUUAUUAUUAUUCAGUAAUUAGUACAAAGAGAAGUUUAUUUUUAAAUCCAGUGUAGAGGGCAGUUGGGUAUCAAGUACUACUGAUAUAUAAGUUCCAGAAUUGGAGGAUAUAAAGAGGGUAGGCACCAGCUCUUGCUAAUGUCAAGCUUCUAUUUUUCUUAUACUUUUCAUGAGCCCUGCCUGCCUCUUGAUCAGAAGUAAUUUUUUUUUUUUUAAACCAGAGCCCUGCUCAGCUCUGGUUUAUGUUGGUGCUGGGGACUGAGCCUGGGACCUCAGAACCACAGGCAGGAAAGGCUUUUUGCAUAGUCAUUGUGCAGUCUCUCUCACCUGACCAGAGUGACUUAAAUGAAUGAUUUUAACUUUCAUUUCCUUCCUCAAAUCUGCCUAGUCCCACAGUAUUCCCAGAGUCAAUUAGCUUUUUGUUGCUGCUGUUGUUUUUCCCUUCAGGUAUUGCAUAAGUAACUUGAGAAAUCAAUUUUACCAUGAAACAGGUGGUCAAGGUGAAGCCAAGUAGAGCAUCAGUCUGACUCUGGAAGCACAAGUGCCAGUCUGUAGGUUGUUUGUACCUGACUUAGUUUUUCUUUCCAUUUGAACAAUUUGGCAUGAAUUGAAAACAGGCUUUCCUGUGGAAAGUUUCAACUUGAUGGGAGGUAGAAAAUUAGUCAAGUUCUUUCUUGUAACUCGUGAUCAGUGUUUAUUUUUAUACUGUAUUUCCAUAAAAGCCUAUGUCUUCACUUUGAAUCAAUGUUCACUGCAAAACAAUGCAUUUAAUGUGUAUGGCCUUCACAUUUCUGUGUAAUAAAGAUCAGUUGUUGACUCUC